AUGUCUCUAAGCGACCACCCAAAGGCCUACGGCACUGCUGCCGUAGCCGUCGCAUUCACCGCCGGGGUCUUCGUCACCCUUGGCUUCAAAGACCUGUACCCAGACUUAGAGCGGCGGUUUCAGCAGCGGGGUACACGGCGGAUCCAACGCGGCGGCGGCGACACCCGCAGAUCAAGUCUAUUCUGGGGUGGUCCUGUCGAGCUCAAAGAUCACGACUUACCAGAAACCGUGGUCCCACGCGAUGAUGGUGUUAGUGACGGUAUUGAGGGGUGCAUCGGGCGGACGCCGUUAAUCCGGAUUCAUAGCCUCUCCGAAGCCACGGGGCGUACUAUUUUAGCCAAGGCCGAGUUCCUCAACGGAGCUGGCAAUAGUCCUAAGGAUAGGGUCGCGCUUAAUAUGAUCCAAGUUGCUGAGGAGGAAGGGUUUCUAAAGCCUGGGCGUGGUGAUACUAUUUAUGAGGGUACCGUUGGAAGCACGGGCAUUAGCAUUGCGGCGCUGGCACGCGCCAAGGGAUACCGCGCACAUAUUUGCAUGCCAGAUGACCAGGCUCGUGAGAAAUCAGAUCUAUUACACCAUUUAGGUGCGACAGUUGAGCGCGUUCCCGUGCAGCCUAUUACAUCUCCUGAGCACUUCGUGAACCUAGCACGGCGUCGGGCAGCAGACCACACAAACUCCAGCGCCGACUCCAGCGUCGGCUUCUUCGCAGACCAAUUCGAGUCUCCCUCUAACUGGCAAGCGCACUUUAAAACCACCGGCCCAGAGAUCUACGCGCAGACUCACGGACAAAUCGACGCCUGGGUAGCAGGCGCCGGCACCGGGGGCACCAUCUCGGGAGUAGCCAAGUACCUAAAAGAAGAAGCCAAGCUCAAAAAGCUAAAGGUAGUGCUAGCAGAUCCGCAGGGCAGCGGGCUGUACAAUAAGAUCCGACAUGGAGUCAUGUACUCGUCUACGGAGAAAGAGGGCACACGGCGGCGACAGCAAGUCGAUACGAUAGUAGAGGGCGUAGGAAUCAACCGGAUCACGGAGAACUUCGAGGCCGGGCGGGACCUGAUCGAUACGGCGGUACGAGUAACGGACGAGCAAGCGUGUAAGAUGGCACGGUGGUUAGUCGAAAACGACGGAAUCUUCUGCGGCAGUAGUAGCGCCGUAAACUGUGUUGCUGCUGUUGUAACAGCGCUUUCGCUUCCUAAAGGUAGCCAAGUCGUCACUGUGCUAUGCGAUUCCGGAACGAGGCACUUGAGCAAGUUCUGGAAGCAGAUUGCAGAGAUGGGUCUGGAAGACGAGCCUAAGCCGGAUAAUUUAUUGGCUCUACUAGGUAUCGAGAAGCCAAGAUGA